UGUUUUCCCAGAACGCUACUUUUUCUGACAUGAUGCAGCGGCGUGGAGUGACAGCUCUGAUACUGAUGAUGGGGCUGCUGAUGCAAGCAGACGCUCUUCCAAGGGUGUCCGAGCCACGCUUACGACGUACGCGGUACAUUCACCAAGGGCAUGAUGUUAUCCUCAUGUGCUUAGCUAAGGGCAUCCAGAUAUUCAGGUUCACUUGGAUGAAAUACGGGCAACGAAUGCAUGUUUCGACUGGGCAUUUCGGACGCUUGACCAUAGAGAACUUCACACUACGUGACCAAGGUCACUAUACGUGCAGGGUGGACGACGACGAGGGCUAUGACGUCUCUCCGGCAGUGUCUCUGGUUCUAGCACAAAUUGAUGACCAAUGGAAUGUUGCUGUGAGAAUCAAGAUGACGCAUGACAUGUCCCCCAUGUCACUUACCUGUGAUCAUCCGCCAUUCUGCGUUCCCACUGGGAAGUACGAUUGGUAUAGAAUUGAAGGAGAGACGCCAAGCCAGGUCAAGACUAGCAACAACAUCAUGAUUGACAAUAACGGAACACUUCAUUUUGCAUUUGCUGAGAAAAAGGAUAGUGGUAUAUAUCGUUGUGGCAUACACAAUACCGUUUUGGGUGUUACCAAAUUAGGAAGUGAAGUAAAUGUCACCGUCCAAGCAAAGCCAAAUGUUCGACGUUUCAUAAAUCUGAACGGAGGAUUACGACCAAGGCUCAUGUCGUACAGCGCCGAGACGAGUGUUGUACUCGGAAAAAGAAGUCAGGUUGGAAUGCAUUUUCAGCGGGAUGCCCGCCCCUACAGUUACUUGGACACGUACUGGUCCAAACACCAAAGUGGAUCUUAAACGUGGCAGAACUCUGAGGAUACAGAGGGUACACGAAGGCGAUGGAGGGAAUUACACGUGUUCCGGAAUGAAUUCCAUUGGGGAAGUUUCUGA